AUGGGUAAUUACAUCACUGUUGCCACUUGUAAUUUAAAUCAAUGGGCUUUAGACUUUGAAGGUAACAGAGAUAGAAUUCUUGAAUCCAUCAAAGAGGCCAAACGACAAGGUGCAAAAUUGAGGGUUGGUCCGGAGUUGGAAAUCUGUGGUUACGGAUGCCUUGAUCAUUUUGCUGAGAAUGAUUUGUAUCGUCACAGUUGGGAAGUUUACGGAGAGAUUUUAUCCAACCCUGAAACUCAUGGGAUUUUGUUGGACAUUGGUAUUCCAAUUAUCCACAAAUCCAUCAAAUAUAAUUGUAGAAUUAUUUCAUACAACGGAAAAAUUUUAUUGAUAAGACCUAAGAUAUAUUUAGCCAACGAUGGAAAUUAUAGAGAAAUGAGAUACUUCACUGGCUGGAAUAGACCCAAAUACCACGAAGAGUAUCAGUUACCAAAAUUCAUUAGUAAAAUCACUGGUCAACCUAGGGUUCCAUUUGGUGAUUGCAUUGUUCAGACUUUAGAAACCAGACUAGGGUGUGAAACUUGCGAGGAAUUAUUCACACCGGAAUCACCCCAUAUUACCAUGGCUUUAGAUGGGGUUGAAAUAUUCACCAAUUCGAGUGGAUCUCAUCAUGAGUUAAGAAAAUUGGAUACACGAUUGAAAUUGAUAACCGAAGCAACAAAGAAAUGUGGUGGUAUCUAUUUAUACGCCAAUCAAAAAGGGUGUGAUGGAGACAGAUUAUAUUAUGAUGGAUGUGCAAGUAUUAUUGUAAAUGGUAAUGUGUUGGCACAGGCUUCACAAUUUUCUUUGAAAGACGUCGAAGUUAUUAGUGCUACAGUAGACUUGGAUGAUGUUAGAGCUUAUAGAAAUCAAAAAUCUGCUAGUGUGCAAGCGGUUAAUCAGUUGGAAAAAUUUAAGGUUAUCUACACAGAUGUGGAGUUGUCUCCAAGUGAUUAUGUAUUUGAUCAUUCGAUCGUCCCAUCAAAGCCACAACCAAUCAAGUAUCACACUCCUGAAGAAGAAAUUGCUCUUGGGCCAGCAUGUUGGUUAUGGGACUAUUUAAGAAGAUCCAAAUGUGGUGGUUAUUUUUUACCAUUAAGUGGAGGUAUAGAUUCCUGUGCCACUGCAGUAAUUGUUCACCUGAUGUGCAGAUUGAUUGUGGAGGCAGUUCCCAAUGAUGACCAAGUACUAAAGGAUAUUCAAGCAAUUACUCAUGACGAUGAUUUUGUGCCAAAGACCCCUCAAGAUAUUGCACAGCGUAUUUUUUACACUUCGUUCAUGGGCACUGAAAACUCAUCUAAAGAAACCAGAUCAAGAAGUAAGGAAUUGUCUUCAAAGAUUGGUUCAUAUCACGUUGACUUGAACAUGGAUAACUUGGUUACUUCAGUUGUUUCCCUUUUUGAGGUUGCUACUGGGAAGAAACCAAUAUUCAAGAUAUUUGGAGGAUCAAAUACAGAAAAUUUGGCUUUACAAAAUAUUCAGGCCAGAUUGAGAAUGGUUUUGAGUUAUAUUUUUGCCCAAUUGUUACCCUGGACAAGAGGUAAAAACGUCCCUGGUUUACUUGUUUUGGGUAGUGCUAAUGUUGAUGAAUGCUUACGUGGAUACUUGACAAAAUAUGAUUGUUCAUCUGCCGAUAUCAAUCCAAUUGGAGGCAUUUCUAAAACUGAUUUAAAGAGGUUUAUUGCCUGGGCAGAGAUAAAUUUUGAUUUACCAAUAUUACACGAAUUUUUAACUGUGACACCAACUGCUGAAUUAGAACCAAUCACCAAAGAUUACGUUCAAAGUGAUGAGAUUGAUAUGGGAAUGACUUAUGACGAGUUAUCGAGGUUUGGUACUUUACGUAAAGUUGACAAGUGUGGCCCAUUGGCAAUGUUUAUAAAAUUGUAUCACGAAUGGUCUCAACCUCCUUACAAUUUGAGUGCCAAGCAGAUUGCUGAAAAAGUGAAACGUUUUUGGUUUUUCUAUGCAAUCAAUAGACAUAAAAUGACGACUAUGACACCAGCAUACCACGCCGAACAAUAUUCACCUGACGACAAUAGAUUCGAUUUGCGACCAUUUUUAAUCAAUCCCAGAUUUCCUCAUGCCAGCAAGAAAAUCGAUGAGUUGGUUGAAGAAAUCGAAAAGAGACAACACGAGAUAGAUUCUAGCAAUAAAAGUGUAGAUUAA